AUGGUCUAUUCAGUCCCUCUAAUCAUCUUCAUGGACGACGUUUCCGGAAAUGUUUCUAAGCAGUGGAAUAAGCACCACGCGAUUUAUAUGUCAAAUGCUAACUUACCACGUGAGAUGCUGGAGAAAGAGUUCUGUGUUCGAUUCGUAACGUCGUCACCACAUGCUGCGCCGAUGGAAUUAAUGCAUGCAAUGAGGGAGUCUAUAAGCACCGCUGCAGACUCAGGUAUCUUUGCAUGGGAUUGUAAAUUCGCCGAGGAAGUCAUGCUCGUUCCCGAAGGUUUAUUUCUUGCGGGCGACAAUCCAAUGCAAGCUGAGGAGUGCAGUCACGGGGGGUUAAAUUGUAAUUACUUUUGCAGGACUUGUCAUGUUGGCGGGACGAAGGAGCACAAAGAGUCUGAGGCUGGCUAUGCUAGUCUUUUUACGGAAGGAAAUCCCCGAAUUCCUGAAGAAACAACAUCACAGAUCCUCCAGCAGUUCGAGACCGCAUUAUGCUCAGGAGCUGCAGGGAAGGUCUCAGCUGCUACAACAGCAACUGGAAUUCGUGACUCUACUUCGUCUUCUAUCAUCAAUACACUGGUCGAAAUGGGCAAGAAGCUGCGGAAACGAGAAGCAGGGCAGUCAGCGUCAACGGAAUCUGAAGUUCGGGCUAAGCUAGAGAAAGAGCUCUCGGAUAUGUUGCAAGGUAGGACACAUCAGGAUGCAAUCAAUCCCCUUCUAGGGAUGGAUGGGAUGAAUAUUCACAUGGAUACUCCUACGGAGAUCCUGCACACAGUUCUACUCGGCGUCGUGAAAUAUUUCUGGGGACAGACUGCAUUUUUGCUCGAGAAGGCUAAACUACUCAAUCAUUUUCAGACACGUCUCGAUUCACUGGACAGGGAUGGCCUAAAUGCACCAUCCCUAAAUGCUGAUUAUAUUUGCCAUUAUAAAGGGGGCUUAAUCGGAAAACACUUCAAAAGUCUCGCACAGGUUAUGCCAUUCGUGGUCUAUGAUCUUGUUCCAAAAAGUGUUCUUGAUGGAUGGACCUUGAUUGGAGAGCUCGUCGUUCUCAUUUGGCAUACGAAAAUCGACAACACCGAAAUCUACUUGGCGAAGCUAACUCGAACGAUCGGCGAUUUUCUCAAUACUACCGCGCACUUAUAUUCGACGUUUUGGACCCGCAAUUGUUUUUUCGACUGA